CAUCUUCUUCAGGGCCAUCAUCGUCCUCAAGCUCAUCAUCAGUCCGACACUCAACAUCGUCCUCAAGUUCGAGAUCGCUUUCAGGCUCAUCAUCGUCCUCGAGGUCAUCAUCUAUCUCACGCGGGGCAUCUUCCUCACGUUCGAGAUCGCCUUCAGGCUCAUCAUUAUCCUCAAGUUCAUCAUCAUUCUCAAAUUCAUCAUUAUCCUCAAGCUCUGCGUUUUCCUCAAGCUCUGCAUUUUCAU